UGCUGAUGGACGACAACAUGUACACAUCGUCCACUAACUACGACUCGUCCACAGACAACAUCGCGGAAAGCACGCCAUCUUUGACCUCCAAGCGUUCUUCCGUGCCGUCCAUUCACACAAAGGGAUACUUCAAACGUCACCGAAAAGGGCGAUACAGGUCUCGAUCGUGCGAGACGGACAGCAGGCGAGGCGUGAGAGAGCUGGCGCGAGCAGCGGUUGCAAAUGUCACAACUGAGUACAACAGGGGUGACGCCGUGACGCCGUCUAGUCAAGAGAGGUGCAGUUGGGUUGUGGGAACUAGGGAGGCUACAGAAAUCCCAGAAAGUCGCUCCUCGCCCGAGGACCACGCCGUCAGGAGCAACGGACACGCCUGUGUAAACAAAGACGACAACACAACAAAACCCGAAAAACAAUCCCCCAAAGACCCCGGAUUAAUUAUUCAGUUGGACAACAUUUAUAAAAGCGAGCCACAAGAAUUAGGCAACGGGAAAUGCGAGGAGCGUCAUUCCAUUACGUCACCGAGUGUUAAAGAUGCGUGGAGAGAGAAUAAUCACGCAUCGGAAUUCGGUGAGAUCAAACUUGCAACGAUACAGGAAGGUAUCCUGCUUGACAAUGUUUCAUCGGAGGCGAAAUCGUCCAUUUCAGAGGAUAACUUCGAGAGAUCUCGCGGGUGCGAUACGCGUGCUUCUGAGAACCAGCUUGGUGGGAACGAGCCGAGCUCGGGCUCGGUGGGCGCCUCGGGUGAAGGAUGUCACUUAAAUCAUCAGGAUGUUGCUCUCGGC